AUGCUGGCAAGCAUCCAGGAUGCGACGCCCGUCGUCUGCGGCGCCGCGUUCACGCGCCAACACGCCACCGACGACGAGACCGACGAACCCAUCGACUUUAGCACGACGCCGCUCUCGCUCCGGCGCGCCCUAAUCUCGGUGGUGUCAUACCUCUUGCUGCUGACCGAUGUACCCCGCACGACGUCCACCGACGGCAGCAUUCAUGGCACGUCGAUGGAGCCCAACGUUUACUUGGUGGACCUUCCGACCCCUCUUUCGAUACUGCACUAUACGCAGUCGACGACCACGUGGCGCGCAACGAGCGGCAACACUUCGGUCGAGUCCCUCCCCGUCGCCACGUACAAGACGUCGCCGUCGGCCGCCGCUGUCCGCGGCUACGUUUACAACCGUAAUCUGUGGCCCAAAUGUUUCGACUACGCCGCCGACUGCGGGUCGGACGCCAUUCCAGUGCCCGAGGUCGUAGGUUUUUGGAACACCGUCAUCGCAGCCACAGCGGCGGCACCCGCGCCGAGAGCCUUCUUUAGCGUCAACACGACGCUCAAGUACUCGCUGCGCGUCCAGGACGACCGGCUCGACCGCAUUUAUGACUACAUUGCGUUUCAGUUUGUCGACCUCACCGCGUACCGGUCGAUCUGGGUCUCGUACUCCAACGCCUCGGUCGCGUCGCUCUGCGCUAUCAACGCGAUCGGGCGACCGCUCUUUUGCAGCAAGAGCUGGGCGUCGCGGGCGGCCGUCUCGGUCGUCAACGACAUCACAGCACGCACGAUGACGCUGCAGGCGCAGUACCCGGACGCUACCAUCGACGUGUUUAUUGCAGAGUCCGAGGCCGACCCAGCACGGCGCCACGGCGGCUUUGCGUACGUGGGCUUUUCCGCCUUCGACACGACGACCGUCCUCCGCGCAAUGCAAAACAACGUGACGAUCGCACUGGACGAAGUCCGCUACGCCGGCAGCCGUAUCUGGACCAACAUGGGGAGCUGGACGUCGUACACCCAAGGGUUUCGGUCGAUUGGGCAAGCCUACAUGGGACUGCGCCUUGUCAUGCUCUUUCUCGGCUGCUACGUUGCGACCGACGGCGACAAGAGAGCUGCGGUGCGCGCGAUGCUUUUGGUGCCGAGCCAAGUUGUGGUCUACGGCAGUUGGUUCCCCGUGCUUUGCUACGCUGUUGCACACCUCAUCGACGCGCCCGUCACAUAUACGGCGACCGAGCAGCUCUACUCGACGAUCGCAGAGUUUGUCGCGCUGCCCUUCACCACCAUCUGCUACAUUUUCGCAGUGCGCCUUCGCGCUGUCUGGGUGCUUGCGCUCUUUGUCAAGCUCUUCUCGUUCGUCAUCAACGUCGGUGUGUGGCACCCCAACGGCACGAUUGGUCUCCGCGGGCACCUCUUCUCGCUUUUGUGCCUCCUCGCUCUUGUAUCAAUGUUUCAAGUCGAUAUGCUCCGUGCCGUCCCGGUCCGCGCCGUCUUUGUCGUCGAGCCCAGCACUGUGAUUGCGCUGUACAUGUCGGAGGUGUUUACUGACAUGAACAACCGCCUCUCGGGCUUCUACCACGACACGCUCUCGGUGGCUGCGGCGUUUCUCCUACUCGCGCUGCCCGUCGCGCUCGGCGUCCAGUGGUGGCGCCACUACCACAACGUAGUGCACUGGCGCCGUCACCCGCUCUUCUUUGGCAAAACCAAAGCGCCGUUUGCUGCCGCCAAGCUCUGGUCGAGCACGGCCAUGACCAUUAGCUGGGGCGACGGCUUCCUGGACGUCGACCCUAUCUCGGCGCUCGCCACUGUGCCGCUGCCGCGCUCCGAGGGGGCGCAGGCCUCACGUCUCAGCUCUCGAAUCGCCUCUCGUAAGAUCUCGACGACCUUUUUUCGCGCCGACCACGACACGUCGACCAAGCACAUACUGAUGAAUAUCGUGCAUAUGAGCGACCCGAUAUCGUUCCUCUGGCUCUCGAGCGGCAGCCUCGUCGUGUACGAGUACGGCAUUGUGACGCCGACGCGCGAGAAGAAGCGCAUCUUGCACCCGUUUACGAAGGACGACAUCAUCUACCACUGCUACGACAUUGCCCGGGAAGAGCUCACGCUGGAGCAGACGCUGCCCACAAAAGACGUAGCGUGGCGGCGCCUCGUGCGCUGCUACUAG